AUGGCUGAAGAGGAAAGUAGACCUCUGUUGGAUGGGGAUCACAACAGACCACCCCUUAAUCAGUCCACUUCCGCAGACACAUCGUUCCCGUCAGGCCAGGCCGAGACCUCUCGACCAUUCGUACUAUCCUCGGAAUCGACUCCUCUGCUGCAUCGCCGGGAAGACGAGCCGUGGAACUAUGGCGGCGUUGAAACGAGAAGGUCCUCAUCAUCAGAGGACCGCGAUGCCUCAUCGUCGGACGAGAACCUCAAAUCCCCCCGACGCAGAUUGGGCUGGCCCCUUUUAUGUAUCGUCCUAACGUUGACCGCUAUUCUGGCUAUCUUGAUCUUCGCCUUUGUGGCACCAGCGGUUGUGAAACAAUACGUGAAGGAAGCUGCCGUCUUCCACCCCACGAACGUGUCCAUCGAGUUCGCCACGGAGGAUGGUGUGCAGACUAAGAUCCAAGGCGAUGUCGUGCUGGAGGCAGGCCGCGUACAACGAAGCUCGGUGCGGAACCUGGGUCGAUUUGUCACCUGGAUCGGGAGAGAGGUGGAAACGGGCGAGUCGGACGUCCAGGUAUAUCUACCAGAGUACGGAAAUAUCCUCGUUGGCACGGCGUCGCUACCUUCGAUCAAGGUCAACAUCCAGAAUGGUCAUGUGAAUCAUGUUGGUUUUCUGGCGGAACUGGUCGCUGGCGACAUCAAGGGGAUUCGCGCGGUGGCGAUGGAUUGGAUAGAGGGAAGGCUUGGGCGGCUGAGAGUCAAUGGAAAGACAACAGUGAAACUAAGAUCGGGGGUGCUAGACUUGGGACAUCAAACGUUGAUGGAGUCUUUCGUAUUUGAAGGAGACGAUGUCCCUCAACUGCCCGCUGUUAACAUCUCCGAGUUUAAUGUACAUGAUGCAGAUCCCUCGAAAGGGAAGGGGGCUAUGGAAAUCGACGUCUCUGUCGCAUCUUUCAUCGACUCGCCCUUUGCUCUCAGAAUCCCUCCCCUGGGAUUCAAUGUACUGGUCCCUAAUUGUUCACCUAAUGACCCCUAUAUUUCCAUCGCGGACGUCUCGACUAAGGAGUUUCCAAUUACACCCGGCGAGAUGACUUCUGUUGACGUCGUUGGGAUCGUCCGGGGUCUCUCCAACGAAUUAACGAGCACCUGCCCCGGAAAGAAGAACUCGCCUUUAGACUUCCUGGUGAAGAGUUAUAUUCGCGGUCUUCGAACCACGGUCUAUGUUCGUGGAGCUGAGACGCCUACCUUGGGCACUCCCGAAUGGAUGGUGGAUAUCUUGAAAAGCGUGACGGUUCCCUUGUCAUUCACGGGACACGCUCUGGAUAACCUGGUCCGAAACUUCACCAUGUCAGAUGUACACUUUGCCCUGCCGAAUCCUCUCGCGGAUCCAGACUCCCCCGAGUCUCAGCCAAGAGUGUCUGCACUGCUUAAAGUACUGAUCGGGUUGCCGAAACAGCUGGAUCUUCAAAUGGAUGUUCCUCGCGUUCGCGCCCUCGCGGACGUUUACUAUCAUGGGAAUAAGCUUGGUGUUCUGAGAUUGCCAAAAUGGCAACCGGCUAAUUCAACCAUCGUCGAAGGGAAAGAUUCCCCUAACUUGCUUGUGGAGUUUGCCAUGAAAAACGCUCCUCUUGACGUCACGGACGAGGACGUCUUGACCGAUGUUCUACAAGCCCUGAUCUUUGAAGGGGAACCAGUCCAGCUCACGGUCGCCGCAAAUGUGGAUGCUAAAGUCGCCACAGGAUUAGGGAAAUUUGCCAUUCGUGGGAUUCCAGCAGAGGGCGAGGUGAAUGUCAAACCGCCGUACGGCGGCACCAUCGACCAAUUCAAGCCGCAGGUAGAGUCACUAGCGCUAGGCCCUACAACUGAAUCGUCGUUUGUUGUGAACACCAAAAUCAAUUUCACCAACCCUUCUCCGUACUCGGCUUCGGUACCAUUUGUGGAUCUUCUGCUGGUCUACAACACCAGCAGAGUCGCCCAUGUCACUGCGCGAGAUCUUACGAUUGUUCCGGGAAUUAACUCGGGCCUCCCAGUUGAUUUGAAGUGGAGCCCUCUUGAGUUAGACGGUUCCGCUGGUCGAGAUGCCGGUCGAGAAUUAAUGUCACAAUAUAUAUCAGGUUCAAACACUACCGUCAUAGUCCAAAGCUACAACGGAACAAUCCCCUCGCUACCGCAGCUUGGGGAAACACUCUCCAAGCUCAAGUUCGAUGUCCAGAUCCCCAGGGUACCCGUUCGACGGGCUCCUGGCAAAGAGCCGGAAGACAAUCAGGGACUGAGCUUUAUUCAAGAUGCCACGCUACAUCUCUGGUCAUCAACAGCCGAAUUCACACUAUCGUCGCCUUUACCGAAUACCACCAUCGAGAUUACCUCGAUAGAAGCCAAGGCAUAUUAUGAACACGACGAAGAGGUUGGCAGCAUCGACUAUUAUCGCCCCUUCGAGGUACCGCCGGGUCUCUCAGAGACCCCCCGAAUACCCGUAAACUUGGACUUGGAUGGAAUUGGCUACAAUGCUCUCAAGAAAGCCCUGGGAGGCUCGCUCGCAUUGGAUGCAGUCGCCAAAGUCGGCGUGCAGGUUCGAAACUACAGCGAUAUCAUCAUAUAUCACGGCAAGGGAAUUAAAUCGCGGGUUCGAAUUUAA